AUGGCGACAAGUGAGCGGCGAUCAAAUCGCAGGCUGCUGACGGUGAAUGACGGUACACUCGUCAUUCGUGGAGAGAAGGUUCCGUCGCGAAAUGUAGGCGGUGGUUUUGUUGUGCACCCAUCUGUCGUCCAUCUUGUCGAUUCUCACGAGAUCUUGUCACGUCGUCUGGCCACCCCUCGCCUCUACCCUCCGCCAAAAACCCAUCAGUAUCAUUCACUGCUACUCACCAACAUCAACAGCAGAAGAGUCUAA